AUGCAGAUAGAAUGGAUAGGCACAACAUCACAGUUUGAUAUUGCUCAUCUCUCAAUCGAUUAUAAAACAAUUGAAGAAAAUGAUUUUAGCUGGAAAUUGCAGAUCGACAGUAUUGAUAAAGCACAAGAAGAGCUCAAGAAUCCCAAGGACUUGGAAGAAUUCAAUGAUGCUUUAAACUAUGUUUUAUCAGUUAUUAAUCCACCACCAAUACCUCAACAUCAUGCAACUNUCAAUAUCUUAAUUAUAAGCUAA